AUGACUCCGCUCGCCUUUUCUCCGGUCGAGGCUGCAAUUGGCGGUGGCAUCCUCGGCAUGAGUACUCUCAUCAAGUUGCUGGGCAACGGUCGCGUCACGGGACUGAGCGGCACGUUCAAGGGGCUUCUCAGCGCGGAGGGCCGCAAGGACAGGUGGAGGCUCGACUACGUCGCAGGGAUGGCCCUCGGGGGCCUCCUGGCGAUCAAGUUGCUCGGACCCGCGAGCUUCAUCGACGCGCUGCCAGCCUCGUUCACGAUCGAGAGAGCCGUGCUCGCCGGAUCGCUCGUCGGCCUCGGGUCGGCCAUGGGCAACGGCUGCACGUCCGGCCACGGCCUGUGCGGCAACGCGCGACUCUCGCCGCGCUCCAUGCUGUUCACUGUGGUGAUGAUGGUGUCCGGCGCCGCCACCGCCGCGAUCGCCAACACCCCCGACGCCCUCGGCCUCGCGAGGGAGUCGGCCAUCGCCAACAUGGCACUGCCCAGCGUCUCGUCGAUCCUCCCCGCGCUGUCGAUGCUCGGCGUCGCCACCGUGACCACCGUCAUCACGGCCGUCCGCGCGUUCCGCAGCGGCGCGGCGAAGCCCCCGCGCUCGGAGCUCCUCUCCCAGGGCGUCGAGAUCGUCGCGGGCGCGAUGUUCGCGUUCGGCCUCGCGGUCUCCGGCAUGACGCGCCCCGCGAAGGUUGCCGGCUUCCUGUCGGUGCUGCACCCCGCGUGGGACCCCUCGCUCGCGCUCGUGAUGGGCGCGGCGCUCGCCAUCUCCAUGCCCGUCACGCUGACGUUCCUCAAGCGCACCCAGCCGAGCACGGGCAUGACGUGCGGCCCAGCGUACUGCAGCAACGUGUCGGUGCCGCGCCGGUCCGACAUCACGCCGGAGCUGGUCGCGGGCGCGGCGAUCUUCGGCGCCGGCUGGGGCGUCGGCGGGGUGUGUCCAGGCCCCGCCAUGGUCAACUUGCUCGUGCCGUCGCCGCAGAUCGCGGCCUUCUUCGGGGCCAUGCUCGCGGCGUUCUGGAUGCACGGCGCGAUGAACAAGGCCACCGCGACCAAGGUCAAGGCGUGA